AAAAAGAGAUUCGAAGAGUCACAAAAUGUGUCACUAGUAAUGGUAGGAAUUUUUACUGCAAAACAGCUCCUAUUACAAACGAAAAUUAUUUGUUUUAAUCAUGUCAACUAGUCCGUGACAAUCAACGUUAAUUACGAAAUUGGAAUUCUGUUCUAUCAUUACAUGUAAAUACUCGCUUGAGCUGCAUACACACGGACAGGAAAAGGGAAAAAGAAACUCAAGUUUUACGCCAACAACAUUUCCAUACCAAGCAAAAAAUUCUCGACUCAAGACCUACGCAAAGCAACUUAUUAUUCUAUUCUUUCCAUGCUUUUCCUAAGUAUUUGCCACAGGGGGUCGAUUGACAAUUAACUAGUCAAAAUAAAAAGUAGUGAGUAGUUCUUGGUGAUCGCCUCGCCAGUCUGUAAGAGAUGGACGGACCGUGGAACAUGCUGUCGUUUUCAGUGAUGCUUCUAGUUUGGGGACGCUUUGCUACAGGUGUUGAUAUCGGAUGGGAAAAGAGCACAAUGAAUGUUAAUGAAGGAAAAUUUGAUGUCACGACAAAAAUCAAGAGAUCAACAUCUUCCGGCCUUAAUAUUGUGACUGUUUCUCAUCUCGAUAUUACUGCAAAGUUUGGAAAAGACUACGGAAUACAAGAAAAUGAAGAUAUUGUUUUUAAAGAUGGCGAGAGUGAAAAGAUUUUUCACUUUUACAUAAAAGACGAUAAUGUCGUUGAAUACGACGAAGAUUUUCAACUAAAAAUCAGUUCGAACGACUCUGUUACCAUUGGACCUAUAGCAACGCUUCAGGUCACCAUCGCGUCAGAUGAUAAGGCCAUAUUUAGAGUUUAUUCAAUAGGAUCUGUGUCAGAGGAUGGCACAAAAAUGUCGGUCACUGUUACCAAAGCGAAGAUCUGUGAAGUUACCAUUCAUAUAAAGUGCUCCACUAUUGCUGGAACCGCUACAGAAGGGGUAGACUUCACCCCUCUAAAAGAUCAUAUACUCAUAUUUGGUCCAAGCGUAAGUUCCUUAAAAUGCGAGAUCCCGAUCAUUAACGACGAUCUGGUGGAAGUCCCCGAAACGUUCGACUUGGUCCUUAGAACAGAUGAUAGCGCUAUAGCUGUGAUAUAUGGGCCUACAAAAAAAUGUACCAUCAACGACGACGAUAAAGUGAUUGUGCAGUUCUCAAGCAAUGGCUUCUCGGAUAUAGAGGGCAAGGGGAAAGUAACUCUAGGAUUUGAAAUGAUCGGAAAGGUCACUACCAUGGACCUAAUCAUAACCUUGCAGGAUACACCAGGCACGGCUGAAAAGGUGAACUCGUCUAGUGGUGAAGGCGAUUACUUCUCCUGGUAUUCUGGAAAAAAUAUCACAUUGCCUAAAGGCAAGAACUACACAACCUAUACAGUAUCGGUGGCCAAUGAUGGCGUUCCUGAGAGCAACGAGACAUUUACAAUUAGUAUGCAGAAAAAGUCUCAUCCGUUUAUAACAUUUGGCACCCCAACUACGACCACCAUCACGAUAAUAGACGACGACAAAGCCGCAAUCACGUUUGCAAAAUCUGCAGACACAGUUGAUGAAGAGGCCGGCACGUUGGACAUUAUACUAAAAAAGACAACAGAGACGGAGCUCACCCUUAAGACCAAAGUAACGUGCAUUGAUGUUACUGCAAAAAAGGGUGUUGAUUACGAAGACGAAACAUGGCCCAAAACUUGGGGCAAUGCCAAAGAUGAAAACCAGACAAUCACAUUAACUGUCAAGAACAAUGCUUAUGUCGACGGCGAAAGAACGCUGAAACUAAAGCUUUCCACGGAGACCCCUGACAAGGUACAAUUUGGAACUGAAGAAAUGGAGAUCACGAUUAUCAACGAAGAGAACGUAACUAUUGCAUUCAAAUCAGAUGCCGUGACUGUUAAUGAAGAUGUAGGAACAGCUACAACCAUAGAACUCGAAAGAACAGGCGCGAUUCCUCUUGUGGAUGUGUCAGUAAAAGUCACAUCAGCUGAUGGUACCGCCAAAGGAGGGAAGGAUUUCGUUGCCAUGAAAGACCAAGUUAUUACCUUCAAACCUAGCGAUACGGUCAAGAAAGUACCUGUCGUUAUUAUCAAUGAUAACAUACAAGAGGCCGACCAGUUGUUUAGUCUCACAGUGAGGUCAGACGAUAGCUCAGUUACUGUUGGUUCUACGUCUGUAUGCGCCGUAACCAUUGCAAGCGACAGCAACGAUCUUUCAAUAUUUUCCCUGUCGGCGUCGUCCUAUGCUAUUGCUGAAGGCGAUGGACCAGUCAAAGUGGUGAUAAAUAGAGAGCAGAAGUCAGAGGGCGUUGAUAGUGUUAAAGUGAAACUUACAACAUCCGAAGGUACCGCCUUAACAGGGGUUGGUAAAGACUUUGCUGGUGAAACUUAUGAGGAAACAUUUAAUUCCAAUGAUUUAUCUAAGGAGAUUUCCAUUGCUCUGUUUGAUGAUGAUAUAGUAGAGCUGAACGAAACGUUUACUGUAACAAUCACGCCGAUAGACGCUGCCACUGCAAAAAUUGGCAACAUACCAGACGCCACCAUUACUAUUUUAAACGAUGAUAAAGAGAUAUUUGAGUUUUCGGCAUCAACUUUCUCAGCCAAGGAAGACACUAAACAGGCCGUUGUGACGAUUACCAAGGCGGGCAAAGCAACGCUUGCAUCACAUACUAUGACUAUUCUUUUAAGCACGUAUGACGUUACAGCGAACUCAUCAUCCGCACUGGACUACACUUCAGUCACCGACUUGCAAGUGAAUUUUGCUCCAAGCGAUACAUCCAAGAGCGUCACAAUAACUUUGUCAGAAGAUAAUAUCGUAGAAAACGACGAAACUUUCAAAGUUCAACUCAAGCCAUUUUCUUGGCUCAGCAAAAUCGGAACAACAAACGAGGCUACGGUAACAAUAGAGAAUGACGACAAAGGCAAUAUAACUUUCCAUAAGUCUACGCACACAGUUAUCGAAGGCGAAAAUGUUACCUUUAACUUUGGCUGCAGUGGAAACAACGAUAUUGACUUGAACUUCAAAAUCACGGCAAGUCCAGUUGUAGUAAGCCACACAAACUCACGAAAAGCUGAUUAUACCCUUGCGGACAAUACUCCCCUGACGUGCGGACCGCGGGUUCUUGGUAUAAACUACACCAUGCCUACUACACAAGAUAAUAACGCGGAGUGGCCGGAAAGCUUCCAUGUAGAUACAACGACCACUGACACGGAAAUAAUUGAUUUUGCGAUCAGUCAAACCACUGUGACCAUCAUUGACAACGAGGACAAAGUAAAUCUAUGGAUAAAGGAUGCGGCGUACAAUCUAACGGAGGAUGAAGGAAGCAUUACAAUGACCGUAAUGAAGACGGAUAAUGCAUAGGUUGAUAUCAUUGUAAGGUUGACCUCGGUGGAUAUGAUUGCAAACUCAACAAACCAGUCCAUCCCCUCUGCUCAAGACUUCAAACCAGUUUUCCAGAAUAUCACCAUCUCUCCUUCAGAAACAGAGAAGACGUUUACAAUUCCAAUAACUACAGACG